CUUGACUCGACUGAACUCACAACUCAAUUUAGACCGCUACGUUUAUGCCGAGUCGUCACGACAUCGUUUUCCUUUUCUUCUUCAUCUCUCUCCCUCUCUCUCUCUGUACGUACAGCUUCCUAUCUCUAUAUCUCGCCGCUUUUUCUUUCUCAAACCUCUCGUUGUAUCUCUGAUUCGAGAAAACUCACCAGGUCUAUCUCUUUCUUCUUUAUCCACUCGCACGUGUGGAUGUAUGUGUAUUUUCGUCUUUGUACGCGAUUUUGAAGGCUUCAAAUUUGUUAUUGCUUUGCAUUCUUCUUUGGUGAUUGUUUCAUUGAUGUGGUUUAAUUAUUCGAUCUGAAAGUUUCCAACUUGUAAUUUGAUAGGUUUUGGGAUCCGGGAAUAGAAGCUCAUAGAAAUGAAAUAAAGCGCAAUAAAUAGUGGCUUUUGUAGAAUUGGACCGAUCUAGGGUUUUUUCAGUGGCUUGUUCGGGGAAUUAGGAAGUAUUAUCAGGGUUUUAAAUAAGGUAACCUAGAGUUUCUGGGGAUUGUGAAUGAGGCAUAGGUACUGGCGCUUUUGAUUGAGGUGUACAUUUGAGGGCGAAUCGGAAGAAUUUGACGCUUGAAUUUGGGGAAAAUGCAAAAUACCUUGCUUUAUUAUGCAUGGGAGGGUCAAGCGGGACAGCGAGAGCUGUAAGAGUUUAAGGAGGAGUAACAGUCAGCACAUGCGGCCAGUCCUUCCAUCGGCGACAAAGGUAACUGCCGCAGGUCAUAAUCAUUCUCCUAUUGCUUCUUCCAUCACGACCUCCACCACUGGCGAUUCGUUCUUCAAGGACAGUCGCAAAAUUACUGUUGGUGAUUGUGCUCUAUUCAAACCUCCUAAAAGUUCCCCUCCAUCCAUUGGAUUAAUUCGUUGGUUGGCAUUUGACAAAGAAAAGAAAUUGAAGCUAGGUGUGAAUUGGCUUUAUCGAUCGUCUGAACUGAAGCUGGGAAAAGGCCAUCCGUUGGACGCUGCACCAAAUGAAAUUUUCUAUUCCUUUCACAAGGACGAAACUUCUGCUGCAUAUUUACUACAUCCAUGCAAAGUUGCAUUUCUUCCUAAAGGCGUAGAACUUCCUGUGGGGACAGCUGCUUUUGUUUGUCGACGAGCCUAUGACAUUUCAAACAAGCGUUUGUGGUGGCUAACUGAUCAAGAUUGCUUUAAUGAGCAGAAAGAAGAGGUAGAUCAGCUUUUAUUCAAAACUAAGACAGAGAUGCAUGUGACUCUGCAGCCUGGUGGUCGUUCCCCAAAGCAAGUUAAUGGUCCAACUUCAACUUCACAACUUAAAUCUGCUUCUGAUGAUGGUCAAAAUAAUGGGAAUUCUUUUCAUUCUCAAGCCAGGGGAAAGAAGAGGGAAAGAGGUGAUCAUGGUGCAGAUCCUGUCAAAAGUGAACGUUCUUCAUCGAGGAUUGAUGAUGGUGAUCUAGUUCAGCGGAAAAAUGAGAGUAGUUUGAAAAAUGAGAUUGCUCGAAUAACAGAAAAAGGUGGAGUUUUUGAUUUUGAGGGGGUUGAUAAGCUCAUCCAGUUGAUGCAACUGGAUGGAAUGGAUAGAAAAAUAGAUUUGGUAAAUGGAAUGGUGAGAAAAAUAGAUUUGGCAAGCCGUUCCAUGCUUACCAGUGUAAUGGCUUCCACUGAGAAGGAUGACUGCCUCAAUCGCUUUGUGCAACUCAAGGGUUUACCUAUUUUGGAUGAAUGGCUACAGGAUAUUCAGAAAGGGAAAGUCAUGGAUUGUAGUAAUCUAAAGGAUUGUGAUAAAUAUGUGGAAGAAUUUCUGUUGGUUUUACUUAGUGCGCUAGAUAAACUUCCAGUUAAUCUUCAUGCCCUGCAAAUGAGCAACAUUGGCAGGUCCGUGAAUCAUUUACGAACACAUAAAAAUGUAGAAAUUCAGAGAAAAGCACGAAGUUUAGUUGACACAUGGAAGAAACGUGUUGAGGCUGAAAUGAACAUGAUUGAUGCAAAGUCUGGCUCAACCCAAGCUACAGAUGCAUGGCCAUCCAAAUCACGUCUCCCUGAGGCCUCUCAUGGUGGAAGAAAAACCCCUUGUGGUUCUGAUAUUGCCAUGAAAAGCUCAAUUUCUCAAAAUUCUGCUGCCAAAACUACUUCAGUUAGAUCUUCACACGGGGAAAGUAUCAUAAAGUUUGCAUCCUCUUCGCCUGGGGCUGUGAAACCUGCUACGCCAUUUUCUUCUGGAAAGGAUAACCAACCCAAUGCUUCUGUUGGAGGCAGUGCGGAUGCUCCUCAAAUUAGGGAGGAUAGGAGCAGUAGUUCUAACCAGUCUCAUAGUUAUGGUCAGUCUGUCUCGGUGAAGGAUGAUACGAAAAGUUCCACUUCAGCUUUGGCUACUGUUAAUAAGACUUCAAGUAGUAGUGCUCGUAAUCGAAAACUUAGUGGUUCUCCAAGGGUGUCAGCAUCUGUAAGUCAAAAAGAGAACAACUCCAGCAAAGUUUCUUCAGCACACAACAAUGCUGCUUUGGAGAAAUUGUCUGAGUCCUCAUUAACAAAUGAGAGGGUUGUUGAGGGGCCCAUCUACGAAGGGAGCAGUCUUAAACUAAUUGUUAAGAUACCAAACCGAGUAAGAAGUCCUGCCCAUGGCAUGAAUGGAGGAUCCCUCGAAGAUCCUACCUUAAUGAGCAGCCGAGCUUCUUCUCCUGUUCUUAUGAACGAAAGCGAGCAGUGUGAUCAUGCUUCAAAGGAGAAGAGUGAUGCUCGUCGUUGCAUUGUUGCUGCAGGAACGAAUGCAUUGCAAAAUAAAGAUCCACAAGUUGAAUUUGAUGGAAAGGAGAGUAGUGAGUCACCUGCUGUUCAUUCUGGUGAGGAACAAGGCAUGGACUCUGAAGACUCCAAGAGAAUAGUAGAGGGACUUCCAACAGACCAAUUAAAUUCAGAAAAAGUACACAAAUCUUCUUUUAGCCCUAUGAAUGCAUUAGUUGAGAGCUGUGCAAAAUUUUCAGAAGCAACCUCAUCCUUAUCACUUGAAGAUGAUGUUGGAAUGAACUUACUUGCUAGUGUGGCAGCUGGAGAAAUGUCUAAAUCUGAUGUAAUUUCUCCUGCUGAUUCUAUGGAAAGAAGUGUACAUGUGGAUGAGGAAGUUUGUGUUGGUGAUGAGGCAAAAUCCGAGUCUACCCCUGAGGAAUGCUCUUUGGUGGUGCAAACACAGUUCAGUGAAUCUGACUGUGAUGGAAAGAGACAGGCUAUUGCACCAGUUGAGAUUUCCGGUGAUCGAAAGAGUGUUGCUUCUCAUUCUUCCGAAGGUAUUGAUGCUGGAGACCGAGUAAAAGAAAUUAGUUCAACUAACAUAGAUUUGAGAAGCAGUAUUGACCAUGACUUGGAGUCUACUCGAAAGCCAAAUGAAAAGACAGGAAACGGUGAUGAUACAAGUGAAGGAGUCCACAAGGAGAAGGCUGCUGUGGAUAAUGGUUCUACUAGAGUUGGUAAGUGUAAGCCAUUGGUUCAUGUUGCAGGAUCAAAGCCAAAGCCAAUUGAUCAAGGUGAAUCCGGUAAGGUUGUAAAUGAAGGAGUGAACAAGACAGAUGCAGAACAGAAGCUGACUGCUGCAACUGUUAAGUCCGGAAUUGCGGAAACAGCUAACUGUGAAAAUCUACUCCAAGCUGAAAGUGACCGGAUAUUACUGCCAGAAGCUGAUGAUGCAGAGAAAGUCGGAGAACUCAAUUAUGGGACUGCAAAUAGUUCUGCAAGCAAGUCUGGAAGACUGAACAUUGACAAGGAAGUGGAAAAGGAUGCAGCUGAUGAAAGUCAUACCGUGUCUGAUUUGUGUUCCACAUCUCAUGAUCUCAACUGUCAUCAUGUAGAGGAUAAUGUAGAAAACCAGGUGAUUCCAAAUCAUCUAUCAGUGCCUGAGAGCAGAUGUUCUGAUGCAGCAGAGAAUGAAGCUCAGGGGGGAACUGCCUUGAGAAGAUCCAAGUCUGGGAGGAUUCAGCCAGAAGAGGCUAACAAAUAUGCUCCCAGUGGUUCUGGCACCGCUUCUCCCGCCGCAGGAGAAACAGAUCCAGGUACAAAAUUGAAGUUUGACCUGAACGAAGGUUUUUGUGCUGAUGAUGGGAAAUAUGGGGAGUCCGUUACACCACCAUCUUCAGGGCCAGCAACUGUUCAACUCAUUAACCCAUUACCAUUUUCUGUGAAGUCUAUCCCAAGUGGCCAUUCUACCUCCAUUACUGUAGCUGCAGCUGCCAAAGGCCCAUUUGUUCCUCCACAGGACUUAUUGAAAAAUAGAGUGGAACUUGGAUGGAAGGGUUCUGCUGCCACCAGUGCAUUUCGACCUGCUGAGCCUAGAAAAGUUCACGAAACCUCAUCAAGUCCGACAACUUUGUCUUGCCCUGAUGUUUCUACCACUAAACAUGAGCACAUCCCUUUGGAUAUUGAUCUAAAUGUUCCAGAUGAAAGAGUUCUGGAGGAAAUGACUUCUCAUGGCUGUAGUGGCCUAGAUCUUGAUUUGAACACAGUUGAUGCCAAUGAUGCUGUGCACAGCUCAGCCAGCAGCAAUCCUAAAGGCAAGGUAUCUGCACUGAAUGCUAAACAUUUAGAUAGUUUGCAUGUUUGGAGGGAUUUUGAUCUCAACAAUGGACCUUUAGCUGAUGAUGGUAGCGCUGAGGAGUUUCCAUUUAUUAAUCAGCUAGUUAAUGGUGGUACGUCUCAGUUGCCUUCUGCUGGUCUUAGAACAAACAGUUCAGUCAUGGGCAGUUUCUCAUCUUGGUUUCCUCCUGGAAAUGCGUACUCAACAAUGGCAAUCCCAUCAAUGUUACCCGAGCGAGGGGAGCAACCCUUUUCUGUUUAUCCACCUGGUGCGGCCCAGAGAACAUUUGAGCCUACUGGUGUUGCUCCAUAUAACCGUGAGGUGUUCCGUGGAUCAGUAUUAUCAUCAUUGCCUGCAGUACCAUACCCAUCCAGUCCUUUCCUGUUACCUGUAUUUCCUUACGGAACCUCCAUUCCUCUCCCAUCAGCCACAUUUUCUGUUGGGGCAGCCUCAUAUGCAGAUUCUUCUACUGUAAGGCCUUUUGCAUCUCCAGUGAAUUCACAGUAUCUAGGACCUGUUGGUUCAGUGACAUCACCUUUUCAGAGGCCAUUUAUGGUUACCUUUCCUGGCAUUAGUAAUAACAGCAUGCUAGAGAGCAACAGGCAGUGGAGUAGACAGGGUUUGGACCUUAAUUCAGGCCUUGGAGCUCUGGAAAGUGAAGUCAGGGAGGAGAUGUUGCCUCUUUCGUCUGUCCAGCAUGCUGUUUCCACUUCGCAAGGUCUAGCGGAGGAUCAGGCUAGGAUUUUUUCCAUUUCAGGCAAUAUUUUGAAAAGGAAGGAGCCCGAUGGAGACUGGGAUGAUGAAUCAUUCAGACGCAAGCAGUCUUCAUGGCAGUAGAGUAUAAACAUCUGGAACAUAACAAUUUGUAGAAUCCUGAGGCUGUCAAUGUUGUGAGGUGAAGUGCUGGUUCUCAUCAGUGUUGCUGUUACUGUAGUUUCGGAAGCCAAUUUACCAUCAUCUUCAUGAUUUCUCUUCUGAGGACUGAUGGCUUGCUAGUAGGUGUUUAAUGUCCAAAUCCUGCCCCCACCUACUCUUUCUAGGCAGCAUAUACUCAUGCCUUCUGUAGAUAUUCUUACUGCAAAAAAAAAACAUAAACUUCUGGCGCCUAGGUACUGAAGGUCGUAAUUAAAAGUAGUUUUGGUACGACGUCCUAACCUUUCCGAGGAGGCUGGUCUUAGUACUGAUGGAACUGAAGCCCUUUGGAAUUUGAACUUGCCUUAAUUUUUUGCUCUUUAACAUCUUCAUAUCCUUAUUUUCCCCGUUCAUGUGUAUGUGUGGGGUUCAUCGUAAUUAUGAUACAAUUUUUUAUUAUCUUGCCUCGUUCUAGUAUUGCGGGUCUGUACACUGCCUUUUCAUUGUAGUGCAGCCAUACUCGAAUACCUGUCAUCUUUGUGCUGAUGAAGAAAUUUUGAUUGGAACCAUGUGAUGAUUUUAUAUCGGAUGAUGGGACUAUAGAUGAAUAUACUCUUCCAUAACUUAUUACA